AUGUCUCAAUCAAUUGUUGCCAAUUUCAAACUCGUAAAGGGUCCAAUUUACUCUCACUGCUUCUCGCAAGAUAAGAGGCUUCUUGCCAUAACGUUUGGUACCGAUUGUUUGGUAUACGCACUAAAAGCCCAAGGUGCACCUGUGCUUGUUGCAACUUUGCCCGAUCACGACAAAAUUGUCACUGCGGUUGAUAUUUCGGUGCAUGGUCGUAUUGUGACAUGUUCACAGGACAGGAAUGCUAUCGUUUGGGAACCAAUCAGCGAUGGAUCUUACAAACCUACACUUGUUUUACUGCGUAUUAACAGAGCUGCGACGACAGUUAAAUGGGCUGCAAACGGUUAUAAGUUUGCAGUGGGAUCGUCAGCUAGAAUCAUCGCCGUGUGUUACUACGAGCAGGAAAACGAUUGGUGGGUUUCUAAGCAUAUAAAGAAGCCAAUCAAGUCUACGAUUAGUACCGUAGCAUGGCAUGAAAACGGAAUUUUGCUCGCCUGCGGCGGUACUGACGGAUACGUUCGUGUGUUCUCGGGCUUCGUGAAAGGUUUGGACUCCAAAGCGCAGGCUGCAGGGUCUCCUUGGGGCGACAAGUUCCCGUUUGGUGCAUUAGUGCAUGAAUGGUACCAUGGCGCAUGGAUUCAAGAUGUAGAAUGGCGCAGUUCGCUCGAGAAACUCGCGUACGUGGCGCACGAUGGUUCCUUGAACGUGACGGACUCUACGGGCGCCCGUUUCUCGACUUUCUCACCCGAGGGAUUGCCAUUCUUGGCCCUCACGUGGAUCAAUGACCAUGAGAUCCUCUGUGGGGGUUACUCAUGUCACCCUGUGCUCUUCACAGAGGGGUCCAAAGGCUGGCAAUUUUCGGCAAACUUGGAUAAGGCGGGACCACAGCCGAAAAGCCCCUCGACUGCCGGUUCGGCAGGAAACGAGGACUCCUCAGAGGAUCUUCCCUUUGGUCUUUCUGCGCUGCAGAAAUUCAAACAGUUGGAUCUUAAGGGUAAAGUCACGACCAGCGUGCAAGACACCACCCACGAAAAUGCCAUUGCAGGGUUAGCUCCUUUCAAAUCCACCAACGGAAGCGUCACAGAAGUAUCAUCGUGUGGCCUAGACGGUAAGAUAAUUAUCUACAGAGUGUAA